AUGAGACCUGAUAAACCUCGCGACCCCGUUGCUGGCCCUGAUGCUGGGCCUAUCGCUCCGUUCCCCAUUCGGUUGUCUGGACCGGUGAUCAAAGGCUUUGGCCGAGGUAGCAAAGACCUAGGAAUUCCGACGGCCAACAUUCCUGCCGACGACUUAUCCAAGACACACCCUGAUCUGACAACAGGCGUCUACUACGGAGUCGUAGCACUUGACCCCAAGGACUUUGCACACGAGAAUGGAUUAACGGGCGAAACGGGCAAGGCCAAUGAGCCUGUUGUGCAGCCCGCAGUCCUGAGCAUUGGAUAUAAUCCUUACUAUAAGAAUACCGUGCGGUCAGUGGAAAUUCAUAUCAUGCCUGCCCUAACUGAACCAUCUCCAACGGCCGUUCCUCAACCCAAAUUCAACCGCCUCCCCGAUUUCUACAAUACUCACCUCAACCUGCUCAUUCUCGGAUAUAUCCGACCAGAAUUCGAUUACGUCUCGAUGGAUGCACUGAUUGAGGAUAUUCGUGUCGACUGUGAAGUCGCGCGACAGAGUCUUCUGCGGGAUGCGUACAGAAGGUAUCUUAAUGAUGACGGGCAGGGGUCGGAGAAGGUUGCCGAAGAUCGAAAGUGGCUGCUAAGCUUCCACUUAAAAGGUAGUAUAUAG